GUGAAAAAUUCAAGAACUCUCAUCCCUAAUAAACAAUCUGCGUGAUAUAAACCAAAAUAUUGUAAAUCAGAACACUCUUUUAUUGUAAUUUUAAAAGUUAGUUUGACAUAAAACUAAUUCAAAAAUAACAGAUAAAUUACCAAUUAAGCAUAGUUUGUUUUAUAAAGUGUAAACUUUGCUUGAAAAUAAGCUGGGGCUUUAAUACGUAAAACACGUGGAUUUAAGACAAUUUCAUCACAAUUUCUUGUUAUAAUGGUGUCUGAUAUAUUUAGUGAAUAUUAUAUUUGCAAUUUUAACGAUGCCGUAGCUGUUGAGGAUCUGCCAGCCGAUGAGCAACUGCGUCAAUUGUGGACCCGCCAGAAGUUGUGGACAUUGGAGGAUCUACGGGGGAUCCUGCAGCGCUGGCGGGAAAACGAAAAACUCAAUUCAAAGGACAAUCCUGCGUUGCAACUCAACGAUUUUCUGCUUUUGAUCUUCGCCUUUGUUCAAAACAAUUUUACUGGGCCCUUCGACAAGGUGGACGAUUUUCAAGUAAUCCAUAGUGAACUAAGCUUGAAGGAUCUAGAUGCACAGGAGAAACUCAAAGCCAGCGGAGAGGAACUGAAUCCGAAUGUUAAAACUGGAGAGCUGUUGCUUGUGGCCAGGGAAAUACUCAAGGGACUGCUCGAAACCCAUCCAGAAUCGAAGGUGCUGGUUUGGUGGCAUUUGCGGCUAAUCCUGCUGCAUCAGAAUGUCCUCGACGAUCUGGCGGCAUCGCUUUACGAGCAAUUCAAAACGGCAGCUGCGCUUCUUCAGGCCCAAAUCAACCAGUUUGAGAGCAGGGAACUGCAGGCAUUGCUGUUGCUGGAGUUGGCCAAUGGUUAUCUACUGUUUCACCGGUCCGAAAGGGCCGCCCAACUGCUGGAUGAACUGUGCAACCAUCUGCAGGUGGAGCUGAAAGUUGAGGGUUUGCUGGGAGUACGCACCAAGUUUCAGCAAAAGGCUCUUCCACAGCUCUGCCUCAAAGUGGAGCAGCUUGGGGAGCAGGAAGCCCUGCCCACCGCCAUCCGUACAAAUGAGCGGACCAAACUGCCCAAGCUGCUCCUCUUGGAGGAUGACACGCGACUGGAGCGUAUACGUUUUGUGGAGCUGAGGGACAACGAAGUGAUGACGCUGCCCAGUGUGCUCCAAGCUCUGGUGCUGGCCAAGGUGAAACAAUUAAAACGCUCUCAGCCCAAGGAUCGCUUGGCCGAUGAGCAACUUGAGCCGUAUACACAAACACUGCUCUACCAGGAACACGGACCUUUCCAAGUGCGCCAGGCGGCGCUGCUUCUGAACUGCCUGCAGGAAUCGGGACAGCGGAGAACCGUCGAACGCAGCUGGAAGCAGUGCGAAGAGUGCGUCAAGCUGCUGGACAGCUCCGAGGAGGAACUAUCGCUCAGAUCCCGACUCUCCUACGGCUUCGCCUCCCACCUGAGGCCCAAGUGGCAGGUGCAGCUGCAACUGGUGGACCUGCUGCGAUCCCUGGGCAUGACCAAGACCGCCCUGGACAUCUGCCUUCGCAUACACGCCUGGCAGCAGGUAAUCGAGUGCUACACGAGUCUGGAACUCCGUCACAAGGCGGCGGAGGUUAUCCGGCAGGAGCUGGAGAAGAAGCCCACGGCUUUGCUGUACUGCCUUUUGGGCGAUGCCAUCGAUGAUCCAAACUUCUACGAGCAGGCUUGGUUGCAUUCCAAAAAGACAAGCGGCAAAGCCCAAGCCUAUUGGGGCAACUACUUUUACCGGAGUGCCGAUUAUGCCCAGGCCAUGGAUCACUUUGAGAUCUCGCUGGAGAUAAACAACCUGCAGGAGGCGAUCCUUUUGCGCUGUGGCUACUGCGCCAUUCAACUGGAACGCUGGGAGGCGGCUGUUAAGCAUUAUCUGGCAUACACUCACCUGGAACCCAACGGCUUUGAGUCGUGGAACAACCUGGCCAAGGCUCUGAUUAAGUUGGGUGACAAACAGCGGGCCCAUCGCGUUCUGGGCGAAGCCCUCAAGUGCAACUACAGCAACUGGAAGGUUUGGGAAAACUACAUGCUGGUGGCCGUGGACACAUCCCAUUGGGAGGAUGCCAUGCGGGCGUACCAGCGUAUGGCAGAGCUAAAGCAGCACUACCUCGACCAGGAGGUGCUCACCCGGAUUGUCUACGGCAUUUCUAAGGAGGAUCCCGCCGGCGCCGGUUCUCUGGUCAAGAGACUCAGGAAGCUGCUUGGACAGCAGAGCAUCCAGCACGGAAAUGAGCCUCUUGUCUGGGAACUGGCCGCUUUGGUGGCUCCGUCACCGCUGAAAAAGGCCGAAAAACUGGUGAAAUCAUAUCGUGCAUACACACCGAAACAUUUGGGAUGGGAAACCAAACCGGAGCAUGCCUUAAAGGCUCUGGACCUUUGUCUAGAGGUCUGCGAGCUCUCAGUGGCGUCCAUUGAAGAGCACAUCCCGGAUGAAAGUGAAGUAAUGAUUACCUCUCAGCUCAACUCAGCCAGAUUGGCGGGAACAUCUUGUUUGAAUGCCCUAAAAAGGGCCAUAAAUGUGGAUGUGCCCACAGAGCAGACGGAGAAGGUUAUGGAGCUGGAAAAGCGAAUCGAAGAGUUGACGAAAAUAGUCCAGGAGCGUAUGAAUGUGCCUCGAUCGUAGUGGUUAGCACUGCAUUUCCAUCUGGCUUUACAUAAAAAUAUAUAUCUGGUUAACAAAUGAA